UGGGCACGGCGAGGAGGGAUCGAAGACGCCAGUUACCAUCAAACCAGUGCGGACGGGAUCCGCCGUACUGUAAAAUAAUCACUAAUUACCCGUUUAGAAAGCUUCUCAGACCGAAUACCCGUCUUGCUGUUGAACGCCAAGGGACUCGCAGUCAGCCGGCUUUAGCAGCACCCGGACCACCUUAAAAAAUACAGAAACAGAGAGAUAGACUUUGACACAAUUAUCGGGUCUCCCAUCUGCCGCUGUCGUUGGAUAUUGGACUGGGAAUUUGCACUGUCGGAAGAACACCGACAAAAUACACGUUGCUGUUCAUUUUUUUUUUUUUUUUUUUUUAGGUUAGCUUGGAAAAAAAAUACAUAUUGAUUUUACCCAAGAGUGAUAGCCCUUUUUUCCUUCCACUAUGCCCGGGUUUGAUUACAAGUUUUUGGAGAAACCCAAGCGGCGGUUUCAGUGCCCGCUGUGCAACAAGGCACUGAGGGACCCGGUGCAGGUUUCCACCUGCGGACACAGGUUCUGCGACACCUGCUUGCAAGAAUUCCUAAGUGAAGGAGUGUUUAAAUGUCCAGAAGAUCAGCUGCCCCUCGAUUAUGCGAAGAUCUACCCUGACCCUGAGCUGGAGCAGCAGAUCCUGUGUCUCCUGAUCCGUUGUAUCCACAGUGAGGAGGGCUGCCGCUGGUCUGGACAGAUGAAACAGCUGCAGUCCCACUUUUCGACGUGUGCCUUCAACGUGAUCCCGUGCCCCAACCGCUGCCCGAUCAAGCUGACGAGACGGGACCUCCCGGACCACCUCCAGUACGACUGUCCCAAACGCCACCUCAAGUGCGAGUUCUGUGGCAACGAGUUCACUGGAGAGGCUUACGAAAACCACCAGGGGAUCUGUCCGCAGGAGAGCGUGUACUGUGAGAAUAAGUGUGGGGCUCGGAUGAUGCGCAGACUGCUGACCCAGCACAGUCUCAGCGACUGCCCCAAGCGCACCCAGCCCUGCAAGUACUGCGGCAAGGAGUUUGUGUUCGACACGAUCCAGAGCCAUCAGUACCAUUGUCCCCGGUUCCCAGUUCAGUGCCCGAACCAGUGCGGAGCCCCCAACAUCGCCCGCGAGGAUCUCAGCACUCACAUGAAGGACAGCUGUGGCAGCGCCCUGGUGCUGUGCCCCUUUAAAGAUUCCGGCUGCAAACACAGGUGUCCCAAGGUGGGACUGAGCAGGCACGUGGAAGAAUCCAUGAAGGUCCACCUGUCCAUGAUGUGCAGCCUGGUGAGCCGGCAGCGUCUGGAGAUUUUGGACCUGCGGAGGGAGGUGGAGGAGCUGUCCGUGAGCCACGAUGGCAUCCUGAUCUGGAAGAUAGCGGACUACUCCCGGAAACUGCAGGAGGCCAAGACCCGGAACAACUUUGAGUUCUUCAGCCCGCCCUUCUACACCCACAAGUACGGCUACAAGCUGCAGGUCUCAACCUUCCUUAACGGGAACGGCAGCGGGGAGGGCACCCACCUCUCCAUCUACAUCCGAGUCCUGCCCGGGGAGUACGACAACCUCCUGGAGUGGCCCUUCUCCUACAAGGUGACCUUCUCGCUCCUGGACCAGAGUGACCCGUCCCUGUCCAAGCCCCAGCACAUCACGGAGACCUUCAACCCCGACCCCACCUGGAAGAACUUCCAAAAGCCCCCGAGCACCAGGAACUCCCUGGACGAGAGCAUGCUGGGCUUCGGGUACCCCAAGUUCGUCUCUCACGAAGAGAUCAAGAAGAGGAACUACAUCCGGGACAAUUCCGUCUUCCUCAAAGCCUCCAUUGAAAUCCCCCAGAAGAUCAUUGCAUGAGAGUUUGCGUUGCAUUUCAGGAAGGACUGUCUGUGAUGAGACAUGGGAGCCCUCCCAGGACGUUAAGACAAACCCUUACAGGCAGGUGAGCCCGUUUGCAGAGCUCGGAGUGGCAGCAGAUGAUGCAGAUUUGUUUACUGGUUCUGUACCUCAAAAGAUCCUGCACCAGUGUCCUCCAACUGAUCCACCAAGACUUGAAGCUCUAGGCUCCAUUUUCUGGAUAUUGAUGAGCUGAGAGACCCAACUUACUGGAGGAGGAGCAUGGCAUUCACAGGGAACUGGUGUGUGUUUGAUAUUUAAUGGAAACACUUCUAGAUUCUACAGUGCCUAGAGUUGUGUUGCUGUUUUCUAUUCAUGCCAAUACAAGAAAAGUAAUGUGCAUUUGAACAGGGCGCUGGAGAAAAAAUAGGCUUUACAUUUUUUUUUUUUUUUUUUUUUUGGUUCAUUCUUUUUUUGUCUGGAUAUUUUUUAAUGCAGUUGGAGCUUAUUGAAGAGAAUAGAAGGAGCCCUGAUAAAACAUCUGAAUACUCUACUAAGUGAACAGCUACAUGCAUGCACAGUGAAACACAAGCACACACAAACAGAGCCAUGUCAGGCACGGGAGUCCAAAGGAGUGUUUUUUAUAUGUUAGAAAAAGACCCUGAAAACCAAAAUGGCCAAAUAUUAGAUAGUCAUGUAUCAUCAGUACAUGGUUCAGAUUAACAUACAAAAUGUGUGCAGGUCAAAGAUGUGUCAUUUACAUUUGAUAUCUAUGUAUGUGUGUAUACAACAUGAGAUAAUAGGUGCUAUUGUAAGAUAAUAUGCUUUUGUGGGGAUAACGAUACCUGAACUUGACACACCGCUGACUCUGCUGUGUACUCACUUUGUGAAAUAAGCCAUGAAACGGCCCGCAGGGGCUGAGGAACGUGCCGUUUCCAGAUUCACGUGUGUUUGAAUGAGCAGGGACAGGAUUCUGAAAGGGAGACGCAGAUCGAGGAGUAAUGUUGAACGCCCGGCAAUCCUGGGACCCGUCAACUGCACUGGAAAGGUGAAAGCGUGGUGAUGCGUCGCACGAGUUCCACUGAGUGUCGUUUCUCGUGCCAUGUGAAAUGUAGACGCUGACGUUUUAGAAAUGAACAGGCUUGGUCUGGUUUACUGUUGCAGUUUUAAAGUUGCUUUUCCAAGCACGGACUGAAAUACAAUUGCUGUGGUUCUGGCAGCCUAUCGGCGAGCUGAAUUUACAGUCAGACUGGAAGAAGUCCUAAUCGGGCAACUGGUCUGCUCAUCAAAAAGGCAACAUUUGAACUGUAAAAAGAGAAUAACAUGUUAAUAUAAUACUGUGUGUGUGUGCAUACAUAUAUACUAAUGUAUAAAAGUUAAAGCACAUUUUCUGUACUGUUUCUAUCAUAAUAAACAUUUUACAGCAAUUGAGAACACUGAAGAUUUUUUGUAGCCAUAUUUUUCAAACCUGAAGUAAGUGGUUUCUAGGGUUAGAAGUUUUAUACAAAAACCAUGUAAAGAGGGAGGGAGGGGGAGCGUGAUAGUUUUCCGAUGUGUGUGUGUGGUUUUUUUUUUUUUUUUUUUUUAAAGAUCUCUCCCCUAUUCUUUCUCCUUGUGAAAUGUAUUUAUUUGUAAGGCUAUGCUGUUGAUUUAGAAUGACGAAUUGGUUACGAUCGGUUGAAUGAUGAUUGCUUGUCAAACUGUUGUUUUGAAAUAAAAUAUUACUCCAUAA